CUGGGAGCUUCCUCUAACAAAGGAGUCUGAGGAUCCAUCUGGGUUUGAUCAUGUGAUCCAACAGCUGAUUGAGGUAAACAAACAACAGCAGGGAUUGUCUGUUCGUCUGGAAGCUGCAGUAUCGUCCUGAUCGUCACGGAUCACAGUCAGCUGGGAGCUGCUCACAGCAAAGAUCAAACAUCACAGCUGAACCUGGAGACAACAUCACUCUGCCAUGUGGACCUCCUGACACAAAGCUGCCUCAGCUGUAGAGUGGAGCAGAACCGACCUGGAGUCAGCAUGUUCUGCUCUACAGAGAUGAGCAGAUUGAUCCAGAAAACCAGCAUCCAUCGUUCAAGAACCAGGUGGAGCUGCAGGACAGACAGAUGCAGGAUGGAGAGGUGAAUCUGGUUCUGAAGGACUGCUAAUGGAGGAACAUCUGAGUGUCGAGUCGUUCAGGGAGGAACAAGUCUGAGAAGAGAGUCCUUCUGAAGACUGGUCCCAUCAGAACCAUCCACCUGGAUGCUCCUCCUCCUCCAGGUUUUCAUGCUGCUCACAAAAUGAGGCCCAUGAUGUAGAGGAAGGAGGCGGGAUCAGCUCGGUGUGAUCAUCUGAGCUGAAGAACGGUCAGAUCCCUCUGAGCUACAAUGAGAGGCGCAUCUCUACGACGUCUGUUCUUUCUGAUCUUCUUGCUGUGCUUAACAACAGUUAAAGUCCUCCCAGCUGGUCUGACUGUGAGUCCCAGUAGAUCUCAGUUCUUUGAAGGAGACUCUGUGUCUCUGAGCUGUGAGGAGGACAACAUCUCUGCUGGAUGGACUGUGAGGAGAAACACAACCAAAGGACUGUCUGAGUGUAAAGAUGGAUGGGGGAAACCAGAUGGAUCCUCCUGUACCAUCAGCAUCCUCUUCAUAGAGGACACUGGAGUGUACUGGUGUGAGUCCAGAGAGGGAGCAGCCAGCAGCAGCAUCCAGUUCACUGUCUCUGGUGGAUCAGUGAUCCUGCAGAGUCCUGUCCUCCCUGUGAUGGAGGGAGAUGACGUCACUCUGAGCUGUCAAACAAAGACUCCCUCCAACCUCCCAGCUGCUUUCAUUAAAGAUGGCUCCCUCAUCAGGACUGAGUCUGCUGGUCACAUGACCCUCCACCAUGUGACCAGCUCUGAUGAAGGUCUCUACAAGUGUAACAUCAGGGGUCAUGGAGAGUCUCCAUCCAGCUGGAUCUCUAUCUCAGGUCAGCAGGUUGAAAUAAAUCACUGA